UUUGUAUAUAAAAUUUGCAGUUUAUUUUAUUUAUUAAAGUAUAUAAUAUAAUGGUAUUCAGAUAUUUAAAGAAAGUAAAACUUGUCUGUUAAGGAGAGUGUGAUUGCACCACUUAUAUGUAAGUAUAGCUCAUUAAUUGAAUGUAGCAAUCUAGUAGAGAGGGAGUGUAUAGUGGAGAUGGGCCAUAGGUGUUGCAGCAAACAGAAAGUGAAAAGAGGGUUAUGGUCUCCUGAAGAAGACGAGAAGCUUGGCAAGUAUAUCACAACCUACGGCCAUGGAAGUUGGAGUUCUGUCCCAAAACUUGCUGGGCUGCAGAGGUGUGGCAAAAGUUGUAGAUUGAGAUGGAUAAACUACCUGAGACCAGAUCUAAAGAGGGGUACCUUCUCAGCACAAGAAGAGCAGAUUAUUAUUGAUGUUCAUAGAAUUUUAGGUAACAGAUGGGCACAAAUAGCAAAACAUCUACCAGGGAGGACAGACAACGAAGUGAAGAAUUUUUGGAACUCAUGCAUAAAGAAGAAGCUAAUCUCACAAGGCUUGGACCCAAGAACUCACAACCUAAUUCCUUCUCAUCAAAGGGCAAACAUCAAGAAGGUUGUAUCCAACAACUCACAAUCUCACCAAUCACAACCUCACCAACAAACUAAAUUCUCAAUAAUCACUGCCAAAUCAAAGAUGACAGAUACAUCCAUGCAGAUAACUGACCCACCAAUCUUAACGCUACCUUCACUUAAUAACAUUCAACAACCUUCUUCAGCAUCCAUAUUCUCCUCCAAUGAUCAAAACCUCCACAUCCUGUCGAGUACUACUAUCAACGAUUCUACCAUUUUUCCUCCUCCAUCUUCAUCAAUGAACCCAACUGGAUUUGGUCUCUUCGACGACAAUUGCUUCUGGAGUACUAAUAACUGUACAAUCAGUGAACCCUUUGAGGUCCCAACGGUGGAAGUUCUGCAAGCACAGGAAUUACAAUUAAACCAAGCAUAUGAUGAAGUGGAUGAAGCUAAUAAAGGUGUUGAAGAUAUGGAUGCUUCAUUUGACAGCUCUAGCUUUGGUUUUGAGUUUGUGGAAUCUUCAAUGUUGUCCAAUUCAGUCUUAUGUCAUGAACUCAAUGUCAUGGAUGAUCUUGCUUGGAACUUUUAGGCCUCUUUCUGCAUAUGGUUAAUUUAUAGUUUAGCUCCCCAUUGUCAGAAAUCCUCACCAAGAUUCAUACUUGAAACAUUAAUUUUGAUGGAGAUUCCAAGCAUUUCAUGUAUCAGAGUGUAUACUUUUUUUUUAUUCAGCCA